AUGGGCGGCUUGCGGUCUGAUCUCCAAAGCGCCAAGAACGGCUCUGAUCAGUCGAAACAGCCGGGAGGACGAAUCACGAAGAACGCCUGGAGCCUUGGGCCCAUUGAGAUUUUGGCAUCGCGGUUUAGAGCUGGCGAGGGCGCUGCCGCUGCUCCCCCGGCCGACGCCGCCGCUGAGGCCGCGAAGAAGGCACAAGAGGAAGCCGCCAAGAAGGCUGCAGAGGACGCUGCGAAGAAGGCACAGGAGGACGCGGCCAAGCAGGCCGAAGACAAGCAAAAGGAGGCUGCCAAGGAGGCUGCUAAGCAGGCUGAGAAGGCCAUGGGAGACUACCAGAAGGGCAACAACAACAACAACGACAACAAGGGCAACAACAAUAACAACAAUGGUAACAACCGCAACAAUGGAAACAACCGCAACAACAACAACAACAACAACAAUAACAACAACGCCCUAUUGCUCCAGAACAUCCAGCUCCUCCUCGCGGCCAUGAACCUCCAGAACGUCGUCAACGUCCAGGCCCUCGCCCAGCUCCAGGCGCAGCAGCAGCUCGUGAUGCUCGCCCAGCUUCAGCAGCUCGCCCAGCUCAACGCCGUCGGCCUCGUCAACCAGGUCCAGGUUGUCGCUCUAAUGCAGCAGGGUCUCGUCCUCGGCGGUGUCCAGCUCGGCGGCGUCCAGGUCGUCAAGAUCCAGUGA